UUGGGCUGGGAGGGGAGGGGACCCCUUAGAGCCGCCGUCCGAGGGAAGACGAGGCAGCCUCUCUCUCCGAGAGUCCCUUCCAGGCUGUCCCAGAAAGAAACAAGCUGCUCCUCCAUCCUCUACCCGUCGGGGAAGGAUCCAGCGUAGGAGAUGGUCGCCUCGUGGCCCUCGGGGCUGCUGCUGUGCCUCUUGCUGGGGCUGUUCUGUGGCCCCCCACGACCUGGCCCCGCCGAGGCGCAGUCCGUGCUCAGCGACCACGAGAUCGAGGAGUUCCUGAAGGGCUUCCUAGGAGAAGGCGAGGAGGAGGAGGAGGAAGGCGGGGAGGAAGGCGAGAAGGCGGCCCCCGGGCCCCCCGAAGAGAGGGACCCCCGCCGGGAAGAAGGCCCACAAGAGAAAGUGAAGGAGAAGCCGAAUAAAGGGAAAAAAGAGAAACCACCCAAGCCAACCAAGAAACCUAAAGUGAGACCUCCAAAAGCCCCCAAGAAAGAGAAAGGUCCAAAGCCUACCAAAAAGCCCAAAGAGAAACGGCCAAAGGCAACCAAGAAACCAAAGGAGAAACCUCCCAAGGCUACAAAAAAACCCUCUGGAGGAAAGAAAACGGAGAGGCCUCCUCCGCCCAUCCAGCCCUAUGAGGAAGAAGAGCGGUACCACUUUCCAGAAAGGCCACUGAUCCCACCUCCAGCUGGAGAAGAAGAUCAUUAUGAGGUGCCCGAUUCCACAAGGUUCCAUGAUCCUUAUGGGAGGGAAGAUGAGCACUCCCGAGUGAAUGAAGAAGGAGGGGAAUCUCUGUUCCCAGAGGAGCCAACGGAACCACGAUGGGAUGAGAAACAGGAUCCAAACAGGCAUUACACCGACUUUUAUGAACCUCCAACAGAGCCACAGGAGCCUGGAAGAGAGAACAGGAACCGCGAAAGCCAGCCAGAAUCCCCAAGAGAGCUGGAGCCACCUACGCUGGAUUACAAUGAACAGAUUGAGCGUGAAGACUACGAAGACUUUGAAUACAUCAGACGCCAGCACAAACCCAGCAAACCACCAAAGAAAAAGAAACCCGAGAGACCCAGACUGGAGACAGAGGAGAAGCCAAGAAAGUCAGAAGAACCACCCACACCACCCUUCGAGAAUCAUUAUGAAGGAGGUUUAGAGCUGCCCGAUUAUGGAGAUGUGGACUAUGGUCUGCCCCCACAGAAACCCAGAAUCUACCCCAGCAGAAAAGAAGAUGAGGGUGAAAUGGAGACAGAUGAAGAAAAACUCAGGCUAAAAAAGCCUAAGAAAGUCAGUGGCAAGGAGGAUGAGGAUGUUGAGACAGAUGAAGACAAAUGGGCAGAAGAGAAAAGCAAGGAUCGGAAAGGGAAGCCAAAGAAAGCAGGAGGGAAAAAGUGGGAGACAGAUGAAGAUGAUGAUGAUAAGGAGUGGACUCCAGAAGAGAAAAUAAAGUGCCCUCCCAUUGGAAUGGAGUCCCAUCGCAUUGAGGAUGACCAGAUCUUGUCUUCUUCCAUGUUGCGGCACGGCUUAGGAGCACAACGUGGGCGUCUCAAUAUGCAGGCUGGGUCUAAUGAAGAUGAUUACUUUGAUGGGGCUUGGUGUGCAGAAGAUGACAGCCGCAUACAGUGGCUCCAGGUGGACACCAGAAGAACGACCAAGUUCACAGGAAUCAUCAUCCAGGGCCGUGAUUCUCUCAUCCACGAUGAUUUUGUCACUACCUUCUACGUAGGUUUCAGCAAUGACAGCCAGAACUGGCAGAUGUACAGCAACGGCUAUGAGGAAAUGCUUUUUUAUGGCAAUGUUGACAAGGACACCCCCAUAAUGACUGAAUUCCCGGAGCCAAAGGUUGCCCGCUUCAUUCGGGUCUUCCCACUCACCUGGAAUGGCAGCCUUUGUAUGAGGAUGGAAGUUCUGGGGUGUCCCCUCUCAAGCAUCCAUAGCUAUUAUAGCCUGCAAAAUGAAGUGAUGACAUCAGUAGACAAUCUGGACUUCCGCCAUCACAACUAUAAGGACAUGAGACAGCUUAUGAAAGUGGUGAAUGAAGAGUGCCCCAGCAUCACCCGAAUCUACAAUAUCGGCAAGAGUUCCCGAGGAUUGAAGAUCUAUGCCAUGGAAAUUACUGAUAAUCCAGGAGAGCAUGAACUUGGAGAACCAGAGUUUCGCUACACAGCUGGAGUCCAUGGCAAUGAGGUGUUGGGGCGCGAGCUUCUGCUAAUGCUGAUGCAGUUUAUGUGCAAAGAGUACAAGGAUGGGAACCCGCGUGUGAGGAACUUGGUGGCUGAAACCCGCAUUCACCUUGUCCCCUCACUCAACCCUGAUGGUUAUGAGAUUGCCAGUCAAAUGGGCUCAGAGCUGGGGAACUGGGCCUUAGGACACUGGAAUGAGGAAGGGUAUGAUAUCUUUGAGAACUUCCCAGAUCUCAACAGCAUCCUCUGGGCUGCAGAAGAAAGGAAAUUGGUACCACACAAAGUCCCCAAUGACCAUAUCCCCAUCCCUGAACAUUAUCUUGCAGAUGAUGCUUCUAUGGCAGUGGAGGUGAAAGCCAUCAUGGCCUGGAUGGAUAAGAUCCCAUUUGUGCUCGGAGCCAACUUCCAUGGUGGGGAAAAAUUUGUUUCAUAUCCCUUUGACAUGGAUCGUCCUACCAGCGAAAAUGAAGUGGCUCCUCCUCCUCCACCACCACAGGAUGACUAUGAAGAGGAAACCCCGGGGAAAAAAGAGACCCCAGACCACGCUAUCUUCCGCUGGCUGGCCAUUUCCUAUGCCUCAGCUCAUCUCACGAUGACCGAAACCUUCCGAGGAGGAUGCCACUAUCAGGAUAUGACCGAUGGAAUGGGGAUUGUCAAUGGUGCCAAAUGGCAUCCCCGAGUGGGCAGCAUGAACGAUUUCAGCUACCUUCACACCAACUGCCUGGAGCUUUCCAUCUAUCCAGGGUGUGACAAGUUUCCUCAUGAAAGUGAAUUACCGCAGGAGUGGGAAAACAACAAGGAAUCUUUAUUGACAUUCAUGGAGCAGAUACAUCGGGGCAUUAAGGGUGUUGUGACAGACCAGGAGGGUGACGCCAUUGCAAAUGCCUCCAUCUCUGUUGUGGGGGUCAACCAUGAUGUGAAAACAGCAAGCGGUGGGGAUUACUGGCGCAUCCUGAACCCUGGCGAAUACCGCGUCACGGCCAGAGCGGAAGGCUACAAUCCGAGUGUCAAAACCUGCAAUGUUUUUUACGACAUCGGAGCCACCCAGUGCAACUUCAUCUUGUCACGGUCCAACUGGAAACGCAUUCGGGAGAUCAUGGCCAUGAAUGGGCACAGGCCGUUGGGAAUGCCCGUAUCUGGCCGGCCCAUGACACCCCGGGAGCGAAUGCAAUGGAGGAGGAGGAUGCGCCAGAGAGCUCGCCUGCGCCAGCAGAUGCGCAACCGGCUACGGCAGACCACACGUGCUCCAACGACUCCUGCCCCGACCACAGAUUUCCCCUUUUCGUUCAGCAGCACCACACUCCUUCCGUGGAGUCAGGAGGCUCCCACUGCCCUACCAGCCACUACCUGGGAAACUGAGAUCUACACGGAGACAGUGACUGAAUGGGAAACAGUAACUGAGGAUGUAAUAGAGGGGGAAACCGAGGAGACCAGAGAAGAGACCACGGGCACCGCUUUUCCCAUGACCACAGUAGAAACGUACACAGUAAACUUUGGAGACUAGAAGCAGCUGCCCAACAUGCUGUGACUAUGGGCCGGAACAUUUGUAAAAUAUUCGUAAAGCUUGCCCUGCCUUCUGUAUAAUGCUGUAUCCAUUCAUCAUCAGCUGCUUUUAGAAUCCACUGGGGAAUCCACCGCUUUGAGCAGCCUCCAACAGCCACAGCACUUACUCCUCUGCCUGUCUCUCCUUUACAUACACACAUCUUUCUGUGCAGAAACAACAGUUUGUCUCCCCCAAAGGCCUGUUAUUCCAACCAUAUACACCAGGGGCCCUGGUGGCGCAGUGGGUUAAACCGCUGAGCUGCUGAACUUGCGGACUGAAAGGUUGGUGGUUUGAAUCUGGGAAGUUGGGUGAGUUCCCAUUGUUAGCCCCAGCUUCUGCCAACCUAGCAGUUUGAAAACAUGCAAAUGUGAGAAGAUCAGUAGGUACCGCUUCUGCGGGAAGGUAACAGUGCUCCAUGCAGUCAUGCUGGCCACAUGAAGUAGGAGGUGUCUACGGACAAUGCAAGCUCUUCAGCUUAGAAAUGGAGAUGAGCAUCAACCCCUACAGUCAAACACAGCUAGACUUAUUGUCAAGGGGAAACCUUUACCUUUUUUAUACACCUAGUAAGUGGGAAGUUGAAGUGAGUAUCCCAUGUAGUUGAGCUGGGUUCUGAAGCACGAAACAGAGUCAUGACAUCUUCCCUCAUGAAUCUUUUUCCUUUAAUAAAACUGUUUUCUCCUCUGUCUUUACAAAACUCCUUACAGUAAGGCCAUUAUAAAAGAAUUUACAAAAAGCUCUGUUAAGUUAAAUGCAAUUGGCAUUUUAAAAUCAAUAUAUGUUACCAUACCUAAAUGUGCUUGAUUACAAUUUUUUUUCCAGGAAAACCCAGUUUUUUUGGGAAGCUUGAUUAGUAAAAUAUCUGAAUGGAAAGUGGCAAGAGACUCCUGAGUACCAGAGUCAAAAGAGAAAAGCACAGAAAGAGCUCAAGAUGUGUGGGAAGGAAGUGCCAUCAAUCCUGACUACUGUGUCAGCCGCUCAUAAGUUUCUAAAUUUGCAAACCUCUUUUUCAGUCUUUACCUUCUUGCUUGUGAGAAUUGAAAGUUUGCCAGCUUUCUCAGUGAUGCCCAAAGUGCUAUGAGAUCUGUAAGAGUUCAGCCUGACCUCCUCACUAUUUCAAAUGUAGCUUCUCAUCCAGAGAGUUGCUACAAGGAGACUGUCCUUUGCAAGUGCCGGGUGGCAGAAGGAGAGAUUGUUUUUUUCCAGGUUCAGUAUUCCAGGCCAAUGAAGUGCAAUCAUAAGCCCUUCUGACUUCGUAAGAGUUCUUGUGUAUUUGAAUAAAGUGGUUUAUAUAAGAA